UGAUUUUCAUUGGCAGUUGGUAAGCAUUUACUGUGUUGUUGUUUCUCUCACUCACUGACUCUGUGUACUACUACUUCCUCCUCCUCCCUUGAAUCAAUCUUCACAUUCUCUUCUUCUAAUCAUAAACCCUUACAUUUCAUCAUUAUUUAUUUAUUCAAAUUUCAUUCAGAUCUGUUCUGUUUUCACCAUCAAAUUUCAUUCAAAACCCAUUUUUAGAUAUAUAUACUCUGUUGUUGUUUUUUUUUGCCUUUUUUGGGUGUAUACAUUGCCUGAAUUGGAAAUACCCAUCUUCUGCAAAUCACAAAAACUGAGAUUGAGGGAAUUGAUGUGGUUCUGAGACUGAAUUCAAUGAUUUGAUUGGAUUGUUAUGAGAAAUUGAAAUACUAGUGUGUUGAAUUUGAGUGAAGAUAUGGAGGGAGCAGUUUAUAUCAAGAAAAUGUUAGGAGCACAAACUACUACUAGGGUAUUAUCUCCUUACCGUGAAGAAAUUGGUGAUUAUGAAUUAUCUGUACUUCCUAGACAUACUAAAGUUGUCGUGACCGGGAAUAAUCGAACGAAAUCGGUGUUAGUUGGUCUUCAAGGUGUUGUCAAGAAGGCUGUUGGUCUUGGUGGUUGGCAUUGGCUGGUGUUGAAAAACGGUGUCGAAGUGAAGCUGCAGAGGAAUGCAUUGAGUGUGCUUGAACAUCCAACAGGCCAAGAAAUAGAUGAUGAUGAUGAUCAUCAUGGGUUUGAAAACUCAUGUAGCAGCACUGACACAGAUGAAAAGGACGAUGAAUUUUCUGGCUCUAUGAUGUUCCAUAAACAACAAAGAGGACCCAGAGUUCGACUGCCAAAGCCGCAGUCGCUUUCCACGCAAAGACCUGCCAGCAAGAUGAAUUACAAAGAUAACUCUCCCUCUCAAUUCAAUGUUGACAAAAAACAUCAACCUCAACCAAAGGUGAACCUGGCAAUACUUGGGAUUGACUCAUUACGGCGUUACUUGAAACACUUCAACAUUCCGCUCAGGAAUCCGGAUGCUACGAAGGAUGAGAUGGUUGACACAGUCCAGCAUCACUUCAUGUCGCUGAAAGUGAAUGAGGAUGAAGUGAUCGUGGAUUUGAGUCGUGCUGCAAAAAAAUUACGGCCUAACAAGUAAUAGCUGAGAGUGGGCAUUUUCUGCUGGAAACAAUAACCCAGAUCCCACAUUAAUGUAUAAACAGUUUCAUAUUAGCUUAGCAUAUAUAUAGUAUAUAUAGAUCUGAUCGUAUACGCUUUCUUCUUCAGCUGUUUGAGUGACUGACUGAAGAAUCUCUAGUACUAACCAUGUAAUGAGUGUGAAGGGCAGGUAGUUUAUGCCUGUAUUCAUGGUGUCUUGUCUUACACCUUUUACAUGUAGGUAGAAAUCCCUUGAUUUUCAAACAAUUUUUAUGGCUCUAUGGUUUCUGUUUUCUGCA